AUGUAUAUAGAAGCAUCCCGACGAAAAACAGGUGACAAUGCUAAGCUAGAACUGAGAUCUGGUUUACCUACUGGCAAAUCAUCAUCAUCAGAGCUAGUAAUACAAGGAACGGGUCUGACAAUUUACUUUUCAGAAUGUAAAAUAUUAAUUUAAAAGUUAUAAUCUCAAAAUGUCAAAAUGACACAAUGAAGUGACUGAGGGAUGGCGUUUCUCAAGGGUUAUAAACAGCCUUUUUAAUCAUGCGUUUGGAAGAUGGUGCUAGAAUAAUGGCGUAUUUCAAAACACUCACUAGAGUAAAAGUAGCGACAUCGCAGAGUUAAGCUAAGUUAUUUGAAAUGUGUCAAGUAUUUACCUUAACAAGUAGAAAAGUGAUGGAUGGUAUCACCUUCUUAACAUGCAAGCAUCUAAGGAUGCGGGUUGCUCUUCGCCUGGUAUAUAAAGGAAAGUUAUGCUGGGGGCAGGGCUAAAGAAGACUGGCAUCACUCUCAGAGAGAGGAGGAGAAGGAGAAAGUAGUAUCUCUGUUGGUGAUGAUACCUUCAAGUGUGUUCAAAACUAAUAGCUGUCAUACUAAAAGAGGUAGCGUUAACUGCGAAUCCACUUAGCAUUGGUGUUUUGGCUUAAUAUUUAUCGGCUUCUCUUUCAUCUGACAGGUUGUGUUUGAAGGUGUUGUUGGUAGGGGCUACCUUUCAGACAUUGCUAUCGAUGAGAUCAAGACAGAAACCUGUGGGGGAGGGGGAGGAGGUGACGGAAGUAAGUACCCUCAAUCCCGCUUUCUUUCAUGUCGUGAAAUUACUAAAACAGCCAAACAUUAUGAAUGUAUAACAAAUUUCAUACAUCGCUUUCAUCAACAGCUGUUCCACCACCUUCACAACCAAGCACCACAACAAAAGCACCAGAGACACCGCUUCCUCCUUUCAGUAAGUUACCAAGAAAUUUGCACCAAAAUUCUGCUCGCUACUCCAUCAGCGGAGGUCGCUAGGACAUUAAGCACCAGCUCAUCUCUUAGACAAUAAAGACUCUGCCCAAAAUCAGAUGCAAAUGUUAUUUUGUUAGGUAAUUGUGGCAUUCGUCCCUCUACAAGAAUUGUUGGUGGUGUGGACUCAUCUCCAGGAGACUGGCCAUGGCAGGCCAUGUUGACGUCAUCUCCAAAUGGUUACAUGUUCUGUGGUGGAUCAUUGGUUGCUCCUCAGUGGCUAGUUACAGCUAGUCAUUGUGUUAAAGGAACUUCAGCAGCCUCCAUUUACGUUCGGUAUAAGUCAUUCAUUUUAUCUAUUUCUAGCUUAAAUGAUGAGCACCCUUAGAGUCAAUCUGGCACUCCGUUAUGUAUAUCUACAUCACCUAAUGCCUACAUCAAUAUAUAUUAUGGAUAAAAGCGGGUUAAAAUGACGUUUAUUCUGUCCUUACUUACCCAUAUCUAGAGACUGUAAUCUCACCAAGCAAGAAAUUCUGACAAAGGAAAAGCCCAAAAACAAUCCUCACAAGACAAGAUUUUCAUUCAUUUUUUUUAUUUGUGACGACCGCUCUUGUUGGUAAACCAUUUCUAAAUGUUCUAGUUUAUUUUGCUUUCUGUAACAGCUCUAUUGCGGUUUUGCUUAUGGGAGCUCAGUCUUGACGCGUAGAUAAAUCCACCUCGUGUUGGUAUGCCAUGGUCCAAGUACUAUCUGGCGACUUAAACUUUAAAUCGCACUAAUUAAGGGUUUAUACUCAGGGCACUUUGCACUUCUAUUAUGUUAAUAUUAUUUUUCCUUUCUGAAAGACUUGGAGCCCAUAAAAGAACAGACACUGUGGGUACAGAACAAGACUUCAGAGUAACUAAAGUGAUCAUGCACCCCUUUUAUCACAAACCCAUUGGUAUGAGCCAUGACAUUGCCCUUCUCAAACUGGACCGACCGGCAGCACUGAACAAGUAAGCUCAGUAGAGACGUACUUCAAAACGUAAAAUAUGUUAAAUCUUCGGUAUAACAACUUGUCUAUCUAUGGCGUAAGGACUGUCAAACAGAUUUUUUUAAGAAAGGACGAAUUGCUAGUGACUAUUUUUGUCACUGGAUUUCACAUAGACAGGAAGUGUGGCAGGUUAGGGUGAGAAACAGAAAACGAAACAAAAAGGCAACAGAUCCAGGUGGGGACAAUUGAAACCAAGACAGCCCAAUCAAAUAUCUAUUCCACCCACCCCAAGAUUCAUUUCAGCACAUAGGUCAAAAUCCUUCCUUGAAAGUGGACCAUGUGGCCCAAAGUAAGGUAGCCUAAUCAGGCUCUUAAAAACAGCCACCAGCUGGCGCUUAAAAAAAUCUUAGUAAGGGUUUACACGUGUUUAAUGAUAAAUGACAAACUCGCAUGCUUGCCUUUCAUGUAUUUCAACAAUAGAUUCGUCAACUUGGUAUGCCUUCCAGGAUCCGUUCCAGCUCCUGUAGAAGGCAAGAAAUGUCGGAUCACCGGCUGGGGAAGGAACAGACCCAUUGGAGGCUCCAGUCCAGUUACCUUACAACAGGCGUCAGUGCCUAUUGUUGGCCGAAACCGCUGUGAAUGGGCUUAUCUUGGACGGAUUCAUGACUCCAUGAUCUGCGCUGGUCUGGAUCGGGGUGGUAUUGAUUCCUGUCAGGGAGAUAGUGGGGGCCCGAUGGUGUGUGAGGAAGGCGGGAGAUUUUACCUUCAGGGAGUAACAAGCUGGGGUCAGGGAUGCGUUAGACCAAAUAAGUAUGGCGUAUAUGCAAGAGUGAAAUAUGUUAUGGGUUGGCUUAAAAAGGAGAUGACCAGUAACUAG